AACGGGACGCUAAGCGGCUCUAGCCGGGUCUAUCCGUUCGAUACAUCCGUGCCUCCAUCUUGUUGACAGUAUCAGCUGCUGUUGUUCCUGAAAUACCGAGUAUCUACACAUUGACCACCCACCAUGUCGUCGACAAGCCCGCCUCGAUUAGGAUGGUUUGGCCUGGGGUCAAUGGGACUUGCCAUGGCCUGUAACCUUCAGAAACAUCUCACAGAGCAAAAUUUAACUGCUCUCCACUUCGCGAAUCGAAACAUUUCUAAAGGCGAUCCGCUCAAGGAACUUGGAGGUAUACCAUGUCAGGACAUCAAGGAACUGGUCCGGGCAUGUGAUGUGAUCUUCAUAUCGGUAACGAACGAUGACGUCCUUACGACUGUAAUUAAAUCAUUCGUAUCCACCAAUUCGCUGAGAGGCAAAAUCCUCGUAGACACAACGACGGUUCACCCCAAUACAACAGCCGCUCUGGCAACUGAACUCGCAUCCCACGACUGCUCUUUCGUCGCUGCCCCGGUCUUCGGCCCACCGCCAACUGCCCGCACAGGCCAGCUCCUCGUCGCUGUCGCUGGACCCUCUCAAGCGAUCGAAAUCCUUGCACCCUACCUCCACGGGGUCAUCGCCCGUGGCGUCAUCCGCGUCGGCGAAGAACCCUCGAAAGCUCUCCUCUUGAAAUCGACCAGCAACUUCAUUGGUGCAGGCCUCAUGUACCUCCUCUCGGAAGCCCACGUUCUUGCCGAAAAAUCCGGACUAUCAGCGCCCGUCCUAGAGUCGCUCAUCGAAGCUAACUUCGGCGCCUACGCGGCCAACACGUCUAAGCGACUUACUUCGGGAAGCUAUAUGCCUGCUACAGGACAGGCGCCGAACAGCGCGCUGGAGCUGGCGAUCAAAGAUGUGGGGAUCGGGUUGGGAAUAGCAAAGGAGCAAGGCGUGAGGUUGGAAAUCGGUGAGUUGAGCAUGGGGGCGAUGGAGGAGGCGAAAGCAUUUGGAGACGAAAGGGAAAGGAAGCUGGACAGCCAUAGUGUAUUCGGGAUCGUAAGGAAGAACGCGGGGCUGGACUUCGAGAACGAGGCCGUCAAGGAGAGAGAUGGGUCAGGAGAGCAGAAGAGACCGUAAAGAUACGUGGGGGGGAGAUUUCCUCGGAUGCGUACAGAUCCGGGCUGGACC